AUGGGAAACAUGGGAGAUGGUGGAUGGGAAAUCUGCGAUGAUCCAGACGUCAGGCCCAGACCUCCUUGUAUCAUAUACUCGUUUGGGAUCAGCAACGACUUUUCGUUCGAUGACGACGCGUCACGAGUGUAUGGCUGUCACGUGUAUUCAUUUGACCCCAGUAUGACGAAAUUUGCGGACAAAGUGGAGAGAUCAAAGCUCGUGCACUUCUAUAAAAUAGGACUCUCUGACAAAAGUACAACAGCUAGCAACCAAUGGAAAAUGAAAACUCUAGCAGACAUCAGGACCAUGUUGGGACAUAACAAUGUCACUAUUGACAUUAUCAAGAUGGACAUUGAAUCUUCUGAAUGGUCAUCGCUGCCAGAGAUGAUCAAGUCCGAAUACCACGUAGUUGAUAAUUCGCAAGGUUAUCUAUUGCCAAAACUUCAAACCAUCCAGGCUGUUGAGCAAGCUGGCUUUCAGAAAUACUACGUGCACAAGAAUCCAGCUUGUGCGAGGAAAGUUCCAGGUUAUCCGAUUGCCAGAACAUCCUGUUAUGAGGUGCAUUACAUUCGUAGGUGA